GGUAUCUGGGGAACCUGCGUCCCCAGCAACAGAGCAGGGGCCCCCGCCUGGGUCUCCUCUUACAUUGGGGCCCGGAAAAAAGGGUGGAAGGUGGCUUUAUUUCCAGCUUCCCCGGGCUCGGUUUCAGCAGGGCCUUGGCUUCUGUAGCCCCUGAGAGCUGCCAUCCGCCUCCCUUAGCAACCAGGAGCGGUGGAUACAGCCGGCGGGUGGGGGCCCGGGCGGCUGCGGGGUGCCCAGGCGCCAAGUGACACCAGCCGUGUCCAAGUGCCCCGAGCACCUGUGACCGCAGUGCGAAGCCGCCACGCGAGCGCGACUGUCGCAGCGCCAGCGCGCAGGGGGCCCCACGCACCCACCCUCUGCACCUGCCGCGGGGCCCAAAAAGGAUCCUGCAAAAAUGAGCCAUUCUCACCCCGCUGGAUUACUUGAAGCAUAUGAUAGCCUUACCGAUAAACACCUAGCUGGAUAUUUCAACAAUAUGAGGAUAAGGCGGCAUCUCUUGAGAUCGGGGCUGAUCACAAGAAGUGGAAGAAUACUUUCUGAAAGAGAAUACAAACUAAAUAUCAUGAAGCGAGAUCACCAAAAAUAUAUCCGGGAGUGCUUAGCCCAGGCUAUUUUCCAUAAGGUUCUUGAUAUGGAGCGUUACCAUCAGCUGGAAGUAAAAAAGAAAUUGGAGACUUUAACAAAAAAGGAGAGAAUUCAGAGAUUUAAGGGAGAAAACACAAGACGGUUUAUUGAAGAUAACAUGCCAAGCCUAUCUCCCCGCCCCCCACUUGGCCCAAGGACUAAUCGUGGCCAAAAGGUUCUGGUUGAUGAAGGACAUUCCAGUCCAUUAGCACUGGCAGCCCCUCGCCCAUACACUGCCCCAGGAAAUAUGCAGCCUCCAAUUCGAUUACAGCCUCUUCCCCGUAAUCCUGCAGUGGAAACUGUUCCCAAGAUAACUUCAGGGUCCAGAUCAAAACCCUCACUGAUGGAAAACACAGCUCCGUUUCCUAUUGGGGGCAGGAAGGCGGUGACAAAGUUCAGGAACUCUGUAGGCAAUUCACAGAGAAUGGACCCGUACCGACUUCCAAACAUUAGCAGCUACAUGAUGCCCAUCCCCCCGCCACCUCCUCCCGCCAAUGGAAGAAGCACCAGAGAAAAUCGAUCUGAAAUGUGGAGGAGAACCUUCCGUCCCACCACUGCUCCCAACGGCUUCGAGCCCGUCUUCGCCAGGAAAUCAAGAAGUAUUUACAAAACAUCGCCACAUAGUAAUGCAGCUAUUACAAUGAUCUAUUUGGGGAAAAACGUACACCUAGCUUAUGAUAACCCAGACUUCCGGGAUGAAAUAAAAGUUUACCAACAGCACUGUGGUGGGGAAAAUCUUUGUGUCUACAAAGGCAAACUGCUUGAAAAAGAGACCUUUCAGUUUAUUUCCAAAAGGCACCAUGGUUUUCCCUUCAGUCUCACCUUUUUCCUCAAUGGGAUCCAGGUGAACAGGUUAAGCUCCUGCUGUGAAUAUAAGCACCGAAAAGGUUCCAGACUCGGAGGCAAACGAGGAUACUUUGGAUUUGUGUGUGUUGAGAGAUCAUCUCCUUGCUACAAGUGCAUUAUUGCAAUGGGCCUUGACAAAAAGCCAACUUCAGCAAGAUCUAAGAAAGAAAAGAUCAUUGAGAAAAGAGAGGAAGGGAGGAAGGGUGAGGGGACAGUGAGGAAGGCCGGAGAGAACAUGACACCAAGAAGAAAUGAGAUCAAGGGGGACAAAACCUGCAUCUCAGAUGUUUUUUCAACUCAAGAAAUAAAAACAAGGAACAGAGAAGUGGUAACUGCUAUGGAAGAAAUGGAACGUAAAGAAAAACCAAGACCAGAUGUUUGGGACAAUGCCCAGGACACUGCUUUAAAAUAUGACUAUGAAGAAGAUUUUGAAGUAGAUGAGGAGAAACAAGAUGAGAAAGCCAAUGAAGAAGGACAGGCUGAGGAGCAAAUGAAGGGAACAUCAAAGUCACCCUCAGACGAUGAAGAAGAUAAUUUAGUCCCCGAAAAGGAGAGUGAAACCUCAUCACAGAAGGCACCAGACGCCCAGGACAGGGUGGAGGAUGAGGAUGACGGGUGCUCUGACAAUGACUCAGAAGAGGAUAAACAAGGUAUAAAAAUGACAUCCUUAGCCUCAUUCAGAAGUCAUCACUAUUCGAGUGGCAGCGAGGAUGAGUCUCCACUGCGAGACAGGGAAGUCCACACUGAAAACAGCACAGAAGAAAGUUCCAGAAGUUCAUCUCCCCAGGAGCUGAGUGAAAAUGAUGAGCUGGGACAACCCCACCUUCUGAUUGAGGAAUCCUUAGAAACUGAAACUGAAGACCAAAAAGUAACAAAAGCAGACGUGGAGACCAAAUCUCCGCCAAGACAGGAAGACUUUGAGAACAUUCUUGAGGAAGAAAUAGAGCGAGGAAUUCCAGAGAUGGCAGAGAGUUCAUCUGAGAAGUCCAGGAAACAGGUGUCUGUAGGAGAAAAGGAAAAGAAGAGUAAGCUGCAGGAAGGAAGCACUUCUAAGGUGAAGGACAAAAAGGCAGGUUUCCUUGGGGUGGAGACAGGUGUUGGACAGAUAAUAAUGGACGCCGUGGCAUCGGGCUGCCACAGCCACUGUUAUGACGACGAGUCUGGUGUUAGCAGCGCAGAUGAGGAGUGGGUGCCCUGGGGGAAGCUGGAGAUGGACACGGGUGGAGCAACCAAAAGAGAUGGAGUGGCGGAGGCAAGGCCGGCGCUCAGCUCAAGCGAAGAGCCCCCGCAAGUUGCCCGGGAAAUGUCUGCCCUGGAGAACAGCGAGGCAGCGGAGGAAGGGGACGCUCCGGGGCGCAGGGAUGCCGCGCUGGAGGAACAGGGGGCCGCAGCGCUGCGGGGAGAAGGGGCAGUGAAGGAGGUUAACCCUGGGGAGGGACUGGCGACCGCAGAGCCGCCAGCCCUGGCAGAACAGUCUCCAGGGGAAAGAGGCGUUCCUCCAGGCAACGCAGGUGGGACCCAGGCCGGGGCAGAAGCCGACGGGGCGAGAAGGCUGGGAACGGCAGCAGGAGCUCCUGUGGGUCGGAACGAAGAUGAUGCUUCUGCAAAGCAGGCCUUGAUGCUAACUGUGCUGGAGCCAGAAGAGGCGGCCUGGGAGGGGGAGCAGGCUCCCCACACGGCAGCAGUUGCGAACAAGCAGGCGGCCCUGGACUGGAAGCAUCUCCGGGAAGCAGCACCCCCGAGAGAGGCGGGGACCCCGGACAGGAGAGGGGCCAGGACAGCGGCGGCCCUGGGUGAGGCGGCGCCCGGAGAGAUGGCUGCGGGGGCCGCUGGGGAGGAAGCACCUGCAGAGCCGGCGGACGCGGGGCCCCGGGGAGACUCAGCGACCCGCGCUCGGAAUGGCUCUGCAGAGGCGGCCCUCGGAGGGCAGCGGCCAGCGCGGGAGAGCAAGGGGGUCGGGAGAACAGGGGCGCCACCGAGCCCCUCGGCGGCAGAGGCGGGGGCCGGCUGGAUCCUGGGCCCAGGGGGCCGCCCGGAAGACCUUUGUAAGGAAGAUGCCGAAGAGGAGGACGCUGUCAAUGAGACGGGACCAAAGACGGAAUACGACGGGAAGGAAAGGCCACCCGAGGAGUUAGACGCAGCCAGAGAGAGGAGGAAAGCCGGAGGGCCGAGGACUGCUGUGCGGGCAGGUGGACGUGAGCGAGGAGAGGAGGCCCCGGCGGGCGCUGCAGAGGAAGAGCGGGGGCUGGUAGAAGAGAAAACAGCCGAGGAAGCGGGAUCCGGGGCUGAGAACCAAGCGCCGGUGACGGCGUCUGCAGCGUCGGAAGAUCCAGGGCUUCUAGAAGAUUCACUGGGAGGAGGGGAGAGUGUGCUCGAAGCCACACCUGGAUUUGAAAAGUCACCGGCAAAUGUGACACUGUCAAACGUGACAGCUCUGAGGAAGGCCGGAGGCACGGGCAGACUGAGGGCAGCGGGGGACGCGCAGCCCGAAGGCGGCGCGGGGCCGCGGGGCGGGCAGGAGGCGGCCCCCGCCGAGAGGAGACCUGGCCGGGGCCCCGGAGCAGCAGGUGCACCUGCGGGCGGGCUUGGGGGACAGCGGCCCCGGGACCCGCGUACCCCCGGCCAGGCAGAGGAGCCCGAGGCCGAAGACGGAGAGGGGAGAGGAGCGGGAGAAGGAGCGAGGGUCCUCGGGACCCUGGAGGACGCUCCUGGGCGGGGUCCCCCGACGGCAGGACGGUUGAGGGAAGAAAGCGUGGAUGAAGACUUGGAUAACGCCGGCACGCUGGGGACAGGCGUGGUGCAGGACAGGAGCACAGAGGGGGCCGGGGACAGGGCCCGAGCCGGCGAGGCCCGGGAAGACCCAGGCCCAGGAGGAACCGCUGCCCAAGCCCCUGCCGGGGAGAGGGAGGUGUUGGCAGGUUCCAAGACAGCUGAGGGGAAAGCAACAGCAAAGACAGCCGCCUCCCUGUCAGAGGCUGCGGGGGAGGAAAGCUGCGGUGGAGAGGAUGAGGGACCCCGCGCAACUGCAGAGGGGGUGGCGGUGGAGGGGUCAGCGGUGCGGGAGGGGACAGUGACGCCUGCACCUGAGGGUGGGGAGGCAGCUCCCGGAGAACCUGGGGACCUGGAAGGGAAGGCCCCAGGGCAAGGAAAGGGCCAAGAAGCAGGGACAGCGCAGGAGCAUGGGGGUCAGGAGUCAGGAGCAGGGGAAGAGUUACAGGGGCAGCAGAGGGCAGCCUGCAGAGAGGGCCCGCGGGCGGCGGCGGCGGCGCAUCCCGGGAAGCCGGAUUUCGCUGGAAGCCAGGAGGAGCCUACGGUGGAACGAGAAAGUGAGGGCGCGGCUGCCCCCCUGAACCACUAGGACGACUCCUGGCAGGCGGAUAUUUUAAAGAAGUCUUCUGGAAGAUAUGAAGAGUGGAGAAAGAUUCACCCAAUCAUCUCACCGGGACUUGAGAUUUUAUUUUCUUUUUUUGCUGUUUGUUUGUUUAUUUUGUUUUAAUCGCUGUGGUUGUCUGAGAUGGUCCCCAGUCUGUCUGUGCUGGCUGGCCAACAGCUCAUAGCUCAGUGAGCUCUCUGAGAAUAGCUCAGAGAUCGCAGAACCCUCCACAGGGACCCUGGUUCCUAAUGGAGAACUGCCAGGCUGUUCCACAUUCUAUACAACUAUCUUUUUCUAGAUUCAAAUAAAAAUGAUAGCUUUCACGUAUUUGAGUUUUACCAAAGAUCACCAAAAGGCCCAGUCUUGAUGCCUCAAGUUCGUUUAAAUUCUUUUUUAUUUUACAAUCUAUAGUCGUAAUGUCAUAGCCCAGAUCCUUUGCAUAAUCCCAAUUUCAUACAUGGGAGAUUCCUUUACAAUCUGUGGCUUGGUCUGUGAAAAUGAGUUGUAAGGUUCCUUUCCUGUACACUCAAGAUUAACAUUGCUGUAGAGCUCUGAGUCCCUCAGGAAAAGGAUUCCAUGGUGGGUAUUUUCACUUAACACUUAGAAACAUUCAUUCUUUUUAAUUAUGCUAGAAAAGGAAUUUAAAGUAGAAAUGUUAUUUCAAAAUGCCCCCUUUGGUGUAUAUGUUUCUGUAGUUCUGCUUUCUGAAGUAGACUUAGAGAAAUGGUAGCUUCUGGCAUUUUGUUCCUGGGGGCCUUAUUUAUAGGGCCACUCAAAUGUGAAUCAAGGUAGUAAAUAAUUUAGCUAAGUGGCAUGAGGAUAAUAAUUAGACCAGGUAAACAACACAUCAGCACGCACGCCAACACUCUAGACUCUUUCGUUGAUGUCAUUCAGUGGGAAGGAAACUGGGAUGAAAUUAGUGUGCUGAUCCCAUUCCCAAGUUUUGAUAUUUCUACCCUGUGAACUAACCCUGCAGUCCACUGUAAAGCAACAGUCACAAAUACUUUCUAAAUUACCCAGAUAUUUUUUCUAGUUGUGCAUCAGCCAGCCUUGUAAGAGUUUUGAUUUCCUUGAAGACAUACCAGUGCCCCCCAGGCACAUAUUUGUCUACCUUUUCUCUAUCUGAGGAGGUGAAAGAAUUUCCUAAAGCCAGACCACACGUACAGACUUUCAUAAAUGACUCAACCUUUGGCCCCACCCUAGAGAUUCCUAUUUCAUUAGUUUUAUGUAGGUCUGCACAUCAGCCUAUAUCAUCACUCAAUCUAUGCUGUCUCUAAGGACCAGGCAUACAAUUGUUGGAAGUGUUUUGUUUUUCAUUUUAAUGAAUAAUGGAGCCAUUAAAUGACCAAAGACACACUGUACUAGAGACAAUGAGCCAUGUGAUGAACUGGUCCCUUCAUGGGGAGCAUCAGUGUCAUCUGGAACUUGCCUCCUGGCCUCUUCUCCCACCUGUUCAAUUAGAAACUGUGGUUGGGUCCUAGUAAUUGAAGUUUUAAUUGGUUUAAUUCAGGUAAUUAUGAUGGACACUAAAAUCUGAAAACUGCUGUCAUGAACCAUUGAUUGUAUGGAGGAUUAGUCUCAGAGGGUGGCUUGUAGCAGGGUUGUAAACUUCCUGUCUGUGCCUCUCUUGUCUCUGCUUUUUCUACCCUUUUCCAACUUACCUGUUUCUUUUACUUUGUCUCCAAGAAAUGGUAUUCACUACAAAAGUGGUUAAGUCAAUCUUAAACUUUUCAUUAUAACGGCAUUGAUACAUACAUAAAUUCCUUCUGUUUCACCCCUUAUGAAAGGAUGAGUGUUACUCUUUGCCUGUCAUAAAUUCACAUUACUUGCAUGGUGGAUUGCAUCUACCUUAUAAUUUCAUUUAUGACUGAGCUGUAUUACCGUGGGGUUCUACAGUAUUGCUUUCCUGAUUUCAGCCUCAAUGCUACUGAGCACUUGGAGUGUUUAGCACCUAAUGAGAAAGAUUGUAAACUUGUUAAUCCAAUUGAAAAAUGAGUUUUGUACAACGUGCUAAAUGGAAAUUGUAUUGAAUUAUUUUUAUAUUUAACAUACUCCAUCAAAACAUUCUGUAACAUAAUUCUACAACCUGCAUGUGGGUUUAACUGUAAAAUUCAGUAUUGUGAUUUUUUUCAUGAAGUGAAUUAUUUCUCUUCAAAGACUAUGUUGAUAAAAUUAUUGUAUGUUCAACUGAAUUGAUUUUUUCCCUAGUUUCUUCAUUAUUAAAUGCAUAAAUA